AAGGACCAUUUUUUUAGUUUUAUCAAAGAAAACAAAGAAGCAAAUCAGAGCUCACAAGGUAGAAAGAAACCUUCCUAAACCCUCACAAUCAACCAGCAAUGGGGGUUUUAGACCACACAAGCAGAAGAUUCAACACAUUUCUUCAUAUAAAAACCAGAAUAUAUAGAAAAUUUUCAUAUGAUUAUACACAAACGAGAGUAUUAUCAACAAAUUACUCCAACAACGCUCCGAUUUUGCCGGUUUUGAUCGUCGGUGCCGGUCCGGUUGGACUCGUUCUCUCUGUCCUUCUUACAAAAUUAGGUAUUAAGUGUGCAGUUGUGGAAAGAAGCAAUGAAUUCUCCAAACAUCCACAAGCACAUUUUAUCAAUAAUAGGUCUAUGGAGAUUUAUUUGUCAGAUUUUUCGCAAAUUAGAUGGCUUAGCAGAGGAAAUUCAAAGGUCUCAACCGCCUGUAGAACUUUGGAGGAAGUUCAUAUACUGUACAUCACUGACUGGUUCUGUUAUAGGGUCAGUUGACCAUAUGCAAAGUCAAGACUUUGACCAGAUUGUCAGUCCAGUAUCUGUGGCCCAUUUCUCGCAAUACAAACUUAACGCAUUGCUAAUUAAACAUCUCGAAGCCAUUGGAUUCACAAUUCGUAACGAGGGAUUGAAUCAUAGACACCUGGCGGAAAGGGAGAUAUUGAUGGGACACACUUGUACAUCAGUUGAACCUACUGAUAACUUUAUUAAUGUAACCACAUCUUCUGUUACGGAAGGGAACCACAUAGAGAAUCAAAUCCCGUGUAGAUUCCUAGUUGGCGCUGACGGUGCAGGAAGUACAGUCAGAAAUCUUGUUGGAAUAGAACUGAGAGGUGAAAAAGACAUACAAAAGCUUGUUAGUGUCCAUUUUUUAAGUCGAGAACUUGGACGGUAUUUAAUGUAUGAGAAACCUGGCAUGCUAUUUUUUAUUUUUAAUCCUGGAGCCAUUGGGGUUCUUGUUGCUCAUGAUUUGAAGCAAGGAGAAUUUAUAUUGCAGAUGCCGUUCUAUCCACCACAACAGAUGUUUGAGGAUUUCACAUCUGAGACAUGUAAGAAGUUAAUCUUCAAAUUAGUAGGGCAUGAGCUGGCAGACAUUAAUGUGGUAGACAUAAAACCAUGGGUGAUGCAUGCUGAAGUUGCUGAGAAGUAUCUUGCCUGUGACAAUCGUAUAAUCCUAGCUGGCGAUGCUGCUCAUCGGUUUCCUCCAGCUGGUGGUUUUGGGAUGAAUACCGGAAUUCAAGAUGCUCAUAACCUUGCAUGGAAACUGGCUGCAGUCAUCAAGGGCAUCGCUCCAAUGUCUAUUCUUCCCACUUAUGAGAUGGAGCGUAGGCCGAUUGCACUUUUCAAUACUGAUCUCAGCAUCCAAAAUUUUCAAGCAGCAAUGGCGGUUCCCGCUGCACUUGGGCUUGAUCCAGCUACUGCAAAUUCAGUACAUCAAGUUAUCAAUAACACAGUAGGUUCAAUCCUACCAUCAACAGUUCAAAAGACUUUGCUAGAUGGAAUUUUCAGUUUAGGCCGUGCACAACUGUCGGAUUUUGUUUUAAACGAGAAUAAUCCUCUUGGAUCUUCUAGACUUGCUAAAGUAAGACGCAUUUUUGAAGAAGGAAAAAGCCUUCAGCUGCAGUUCCCUGCAGAGGAUUUAGGUUUCAGGUACCGUGAAGGAGCAUUGGUACCCGAAAUUGACAGUGAGGGCGCACCGAUUAAACCAGAACCACCUAUGGGUCGUAGACGGGAGUAUAUUCCUUCAGCAGAUCCAGGCUCGAGGUUACCUCAUAUGAAUGUUAGGGUAUUAUCCGAAGUCAAAAAAGAGGUGAUAAUUUCCACAUUGGAUCUUAUAUCUAGAGACAAAGUCGAGUUUCUUCUCAUAAUUGCACCAAUAGAUUCAUCCUAUCGGUUAGCUCAUGUUGUACUAAAAGUGGCGAAUGAACAUAACAUUUUGGUUAAGGUUUGUGUUAUGUGGCCAAACGGUUUAGUGAACGAGGAUGCAAGAACAAAAACAUCAUUGGCACCAUGGGAAAACUAUGUUGAUGUUGUCGAGGUUAGACAACCGUCAAAUUCAUCAUCGUGGUGGGAUAUUUGUAAAAUGACACAUCGGGGUGCCAUUUUGGUCAGGCCCGAUGAUCACAUUGCUUGGCGUGUGAAAUCCGCUGUGGUUGGUGAUGUUACAGUCGAAAUGAAAAAGGUUUUCUCGGCCAUUUUAGGAUUAUUAUAAGCCAUGAUAUUGUGGGCGAAGAACUGAAUGCAUGGUGCUGUAAUUUUUAAAAGUAAAUAUUAUGAGUUAUUUAAUUUGUGAACUUGAUCCUUGAAAAUGUAAUUUUAAAUAACAAACUCAAUGUUUUUGAUUGAA